GGUAGAGGAAUUUCGAUUCCAAAGUCUGUAAUGAAAAAAAUCCGCAUCUUAGAUGUCGGAAAAAUGACUUGCGACCUGAUGAGUCAUUUAUUUUCAACCCAAGAGAUUGCCUGUUCAUCAAGAACCGGCAAAAAAAAUAAUAAAAUGGAAGGUUUGGCACAAAAGAAAUCAUUGUCUACCGAUGAUAAAUUUCUCGCAAUGAAAGACUACAUAUUACAUCAGUUCAAGGACGUAAAAAAUGCUGAAGAAUUAUUUAAUACUGCGGUUUCAAACAAGUGCAAAAAUGUUGCACGCAACUAUGUAAAAGAGAAGAAAAUGGACUUUCAUAUGAUCUUUACGUAAUCUCAUUUUUAUAAUAUUAUUUUGAAAGUUUAAAUUUGAUAGAUGGGUAUAAUCAAAACUUUUAUGUUUUAAUUUCUUUUAAUUUUAUUGAGAUUUAUAAUAUAUUUUUAAUGAU